AUGGCUGCUGUCGCGACAGCUACCAGUAGCAACCCGCCAAUCGACGCAGGCAGAGUCGAAAAGUUGCUGGGGGAGCUAAAAUACCUCCAGUAUGAGCAUGAACUCGAAAAGGAGUACUUGCCAUCGAUACGCGCCCUCAUAUCCAAGGAUCUGAGCGAGCCUUAUAGUAUCUAUGUUUACCGCUAUUUUCUUUAUCAAUGGGGUCACCUAUGCUUUAUGGCAUUGAACCCUUCUGACGAUUCGCUCGUCGGAGUCAUCAUAUGCAAGCUCGAGGUACAUCAGUCCCAUUCCCCACCGACACGGCGAGGCUACAUCGCCAUGCUGGCCGUGUCGGAGUCGUUCAGGGGUCAUGGCAUCGCUACGGCGCUCGUCAAGCAGGCGAUCGAAGCCAUGGCGGCUCGUGACGCCGAUGAGAUCGUACUCGAGACGGAAGAGACCAACCUGUCGGCCAUGCGGCUCUACGAGCGACUUGGUUUUAUGCGAUCAAAGAAGCUGCACCGUUAUUAUCUCAACGGCAACAGCGCCUACCGGCUAGUUCUGCUGUUGAAGCACAUCGAUCCUGAUGCGGCUACAGACUUGGCUUUGGAUGAACAUGACACUAGGUGA